AUGACAAUUCGAGUGGGUCGUGAAUUUAUCAAGCGACCGCUCCACUACGAGCAUGUGUUACACGUGGACGCUCUUGCGCAUAUACCCGUAAUCAGGCUAGCCCACCUAGAUGCAGUCAAGCCGGUCUUCCCCCACAAUGAACGAGAGUCGCCAGUCGAAGGCAUCCCCCGCCUGCCGAAGCGGAAACGGAGUGCGGACACAAAGACUGAUGAACUCCCUGCCAAGAAAAUACGAAUGUCGGUCCUCAUAAGCGAGGCAUCCAAGGCCGAGUCCGGCGUUCCUUUCGGACCUCACCCGAGGUGCAUGAUUACUGGGUACAACUAUCAUUUCGGCUUUGUGGCUGACAAGGUGAACCGGAAGAUUGACUGCAUUACGCGCAACAUGCGUACCGACUACAACGCCCUCCGUUGCCACAUGCCUGCAAAUAUCAUAUUCCUCCGACGCGACCUCCGAGAACUUUGGGAAACGAAUCGCUUGUUGAUAAUACCCCAUCCUGAUCAUUUGAAGAGUCCACUUCAGUAUGGCACUGCCUACAAGUAUUGCAUCAUCGCAGAGGACGAGCAUCUUCCAGACUCAUGCACGACCAUGGGUCACUCUAUCACACCUUCCGUCAUGACGGCUCCUUGCUCAUAUCGGUCGCUCGGGUGGCUCGAGCUGAAAGCCAAUCUUCGUCUGACGAUAUUUCGGGCGGGUCAGAAAUUGAGCAAGCGACCGCUGCACUACCAGCAUGUCUUGCGGGGUCUACUGCCCCACAAGGAGGUCAAUUAUGCAUACAGCAUAGUUUGGCGGUAUCUGUCGUGGACUGACCCCCUGUCUUACGAGAUGGUACCCGGCAGGCGGUUGUGGUCAACCGGCGAGCUCUCAGCCUGUCCUGAUGAUUCUUUCCGCAGCUUCAAGAAGCAAUAUUGUUCUCCCCUGUUGGAUGAUGACACUGUCCGCUUUCCUCGACGAUUUCGGCCAAUAGUCUCAGGGAUGAAGAGGAAACGUUCUGGCGACACCCGCGUGGGCACACAGGCCUACACUGUUGAGAAAUAUGCGCAACUGGAAGCCAGUAUUCGUCAGUGGUGUCUAAAUUGCGAUCAAGCUCGAGACGAGUGGACGAUGGGACCGCCUGCGGAACCUAAGGACGCAGAGAUGCUCGCUUAUCGACAGGAGGAAGCUGGCAAUGUACAGCCUGUUGUGCAAGAUCUUUUGUUGCUGGAAGAUCAUUUCUCGAGACACGGUAGCUGGUACCGCUUCGCAGAAUGGUGGCCACUGUGGCCUGCCUUCCCACCUCAGAUACCUCCUCGUGUCGUCAUCAGCAAUCGCAUCUGUAAUUCAGUCGUCGAUGGCAGCAGAGAUCAGAUGGGCGGCAGUGCACGGCACAGCUCGGGCUCCGCUGACACAGCCUCUCUGACUCACCGCCCCCCGGGGCCGCGUCAGCAUGCUGCGCACAGACCAGCUGUGCACGGACCAUCACUUGACCCUAAGUCGCGACAAGGAGGAGCUUCAGGGUCUCCUUGUCGGGGGCGGUCGAGGGAGAGGACAUUAUCGGCGGCGGGGGGGACGGAGGACGGCGCGGGGGUGGAGGCGGCUGUGGUGUCCCUCCGCUGGUCGGACUUCGAGGGGAGCGAGUGCGCGAGCGGCCUCACGGCGGCGACGGCGGUGAAGGCGCUGGAGGAAGCCCAGAGGAGGGGUCACGCUCAGGCUCUGGUGCAGGAUCUGGAGGGAGAUCUCCUCGCGCUUGACUUGGACCGGCGACAGUUUGGGGAAGCGCUCGUAAUCUUGCUCGAUCGAUCGAGGCGUGCGAUUGGGACAUGGUUGUUGCUCGCAGCCGAAGAUGAGAGCAGAAGGACCGUCAGUGAGGUAGACGUCGAGGAGGUCCUUGGAGUCGAAGGCGUGAACAAAGCCCUGACACACAGCCACGAUGGGAGGGAGGAAGGGGAGUGUAUAGUAGGGGUGCGCACCACCCGACCUUUGGGAGAGGAAACGAGGGGGAGUUUCGACCUAAUGUCGCGACUUGAGGUCGAGUGA